CCGAGAACGAACCGGGCAGCACCCCAGCGGCAAUGGAGGGCCAGCCGCUCCCUCUCCUCCUCGGUCUUCGCCCAGCCCCACCACCCUCGCCUCAUCCUCAACCACCCUACCCGCCUCCGACUCCGCGUACACCGUCGCGAGUCGAACCAGCUCGCCGCAGUGCGUUUGAGGCGUCCAUCGGGCAGUCAGACGCACAUGGCCCUGACCGUAGCGGCUGGGAGCGGGUGCCGACGCUCUGGCGGCGCUGGUGUUCCAGCUGACCGUGUCCUCGCUCCCUUUUCUCUUCCCCAACCGUGCCCGAGUCCUCGCGCUCCCGCCCCCUCUGGGGGCCGCUGCGGUGGUUGAGGCGACGCAGGAGGACUGGAGGAGGACAAGGAGUGGGACUUGGGAGGCUGCGCUGCAGAAGUGGAAGACCAAGACUUACGCGCUCUCGGUGCCCCUCCGGAAAGGCGCGCUACGCGGCUCCUUCCCUCCAUCUUGGAUUAAGGAUUUCGUUGAAGUUCAGGGGAAGAAGCUCAAAUUCAGUGCCGAGCUCCGUGCUAAUCUUGAUGGGAUCUUCUCUGAGAUGUCACGGUGUAUGGACAAGGGUCAAGUUCAGCCAAAGUCCGCAAUGGCAGCUGAUGUCGUGUCCCUUGGUGACUCCUGGCUUGGCUAUGCUAUCUGUAAGGAAUUGCUAGAGCCUGUCAAGAAUGCUGAAGAACAGGAUUGGUUCCGUAGACUGAGUGACAGAUGGAAGGACUGGGAGGAUUUAUGGAGGCCCGAACUUGCUGGGAGGAUUUCAAUGGUCUACUAGAGAGGUGAUUGGUGCAGUUCUGAAGCAUCUGGGGUCAUCAUAUAACACGGUUGAUAUGGAAAUAGAGGUCAAUGGUGGUAGAGCAGCAGUCCUGAAUAGCUUUACACAACUACAGAAGCAGGUCCAACUAUUCCACGGCAUGAACUAUCUGAAAUCGUUUAGUCUCGGAGAUGUAUGGGUCGCAGUGGGUUGGAGCAGCGAUGUGGUCGUUCCCUGCUGCAAAGCGAAUGUCUAAUGUCGCGGUGGUCGUUCCCAAGUCUGGCAGCAGCCUAUGGGCUGAUCUGUGGGCAACACCGCGCGCCACAGGAUUCCAGACCGACCAAAUCGGUAGCCGAACCAGAGGCCCAUCUUCUCCACUCAUCCACCAGUGGUUCGACUUCUGCCUGCAGAGUGCUAGGAGCCUACCCUUCUGCCAAGACGUCAUCCCCGGAGCAUCUCCGCACUCCGCUGUACCUCGAGAGCCCCGUGCCUCCAGAGGCCCCUCGAGAUAGUAACAAGCGGAGGACGAAGCUGGACACGAACCUUGUCAGGGGAGUGCCGCCGCCCGAGAUCCUGGAAAGAUGCGAGUUUUUGGAACCCCUGUCAGGUAAGGCGCUGGAGGAUUACCGGUAGCUGGUGUCCAGCGUGCAGAGACCUCGGCUCGGUUUGGUUGGGAAUGCAGAAGAUGUCAGCUGUACUAGACUUCAGAGAAAGAUUAUAGAGCCACUGUAAUGUAAUUGACCAAAGGGGGUGCUACUUAUCGUUCCGUAUAUGUUUGACGAUCA